GCACGGCGCGCGGCGAGGUGGGGGAGGGCGGUCCGUGUGUGUCUGUGUUGUUGUUCGGCGGCGGCGGCGGCGGCGGCGGCGGCGGUAAGAUGGCUGCCCACGGGGGCUCCGCGGCGUCCUCGGCGCUGAAGGGGUUAAUUCAGCAGUUCACCGCCAUCACCGGUGCAAGUGAAAGUGUAGGGAAACACAUGCUUGAAGCGUGCAACAAUAACCUGGAAAUGGCGGUCACUAUGUUUCUGGACGGUGGAGGGAUCGCUGAAGAGCCCAGCACCAGCUCAGCAAGCGUCUCUGCCGUCAGACCACACACCGAAGAAGAAGUUCGUGCCCCAAUUCCUCAAAAGCAAGAAAUACUGGUGGAACCAGAACCAUUAUUUGGUGCCCCUAAGAGACGACGGCCUGCACGUUCAAUUUUUGAUGGUUUCCGGGAUUUUCAGACUGAAACCAUUCGGCAAGAACAAGAAUUAAGAAAUGGUGGAGCUAUAGAUAAGAAAUUGACUACCCUUGCAGAUCUAUUCCGGCCACCCAUUGAUUUGAUGCAUAAAGGCAGCUUUGAAACAGCCAAAGAGUGUGGCCAGAUGCAGAAUAAGUGGCUGAUGAUAAACAUUCAAAACGUACAAGACUUUGCAUGUCAGUGCCUCAACCGUGAUGUGUGGAGCAAUGAAGCUGUGAAGAAUAUUAUCCGGGAACAUUUCAUUUUCUGGCAGGUUUAUCAUGACAGUGAGGAAGGUCAGAGAUACAUACAGUUUUAUAAGUUAGGGGAUUUCCCCUAUGUUUCCAUAUUGGACCCACGAACAGGUAAGAUUUAUAUCAGCAUGCAGCUUUUAACCUACCACUUGUCUUUUAGUUACCUAAAUCAGGAGAGCCUUAUAGAUGCAAGUGAAGACAGCCAGCUAGAAGCUGCCAUCAGAGCCUCCUUACAAGAAACACAUUUUGAUUCAACACAGACAAAACAGGAGAGCCGCUCGGAUGAAGAAUCUGAAUCUGAACUUUUUUCUGGCAGUGAAGAGUUCAUAUCUGUUUGUGGUUCUGAUGAAGAAGAGGAGGUAGAGAAUCUUGCCAAGUCCAGAAAGUCUCCCCACAAAGAUUUGGGGCAUAGAAAAGAGGAGAAUAGAAGGCCACUGACCGAGCCCCCAGCCAGAACUGACCCUGGAACAGCCACAAACCACCAAGGAUUGCCAGCCGUGGAUUCAGAAAUACUGGAGAUGUCACCUGAAAAGUCAGAUGGAGUAGUGGAGGGCAUAGAUGUAAAUGGACCAAAAGCACAGCUGAUGUUGCGGUAUCCAGAUGGAAAAAGGGAACAGAUCACUCUUCCAGAGCAAGCUAAACUGCUAGCUUUGGUGAAGCACGUCCAGUCUAAAGGAUACCCAAAUGAACGCUUUGAACUCCUCACCAACUUUCCUCGAAGGAAAUUGUCUCAUCUGGACUAUGAUAUUACCUUGCAAGAGGCAGGCCUUUGUCCUCAAGAGACUGUCUUUGUACAGGAAAGAAAUUAACACCAUGGCCUGACCUCUCUCAGCUUACCCCUUUUUUCCCUUUUCCCGUGAGAUACCCUGUCACUAAGUGUGCAUUUGGCUUAUAGGACCACAGAGCCAGAGUUGGGCAAGCAAGUCACCUUCCUUCUAUUUCUCGAUCUCUCCUAUAAUCAGUCUCUUUCUCCCCCUUUGUUUCUCUCUCCCCUCUGUUCUCUCCCUCCCCAUUCUGUCCCCUUCCUCCCUCUCUCCCCCCACACUUUCUUUCUUACCUAAUCUGGUGACCAAAUUGAAGUGUAAGGAUAAGACCUCUCCUAGUACCAGCAGCAGGAACUGUGUUCCAGUCAGUGGUCUCUUGCACGGCACUUUUUUGGGAUCAAAUGUUAAUGUUACUCCCCAGACUCCUCUGGCAAAGGAAUGGCUAGAUUCAGAGUAAGAACAACCUCCCUUUUUUGUAAGCCCCCAUUUUUUGUAGGGAGAAGAAAUUCUCUAACAUGUGUUUCGUUUUGCUGUAUUCUUCAUGUAGGAAAUAUCACUUAACAAAAUAUCCAGGCUUUUGUUUAUGUGGAAAAAGCAUCCCUUGUAAUUAUUGCUCAUCAUACUUAAAAACUUUUGUCAAAGGAUUUUCAUGUUCCCAGCUAUAAGAACUAUUUCCAUGACAUGUGUUAUUGGCAGAAUGAGCGUUAAAUAUGGAGUGCAUAGCUUGGAGUGACUUUCAUUGUCCUGGCCUGAGACAAUUUUAUUACUCUGUAUCGACCUUGCUGGUCCAAGAACGAGCAUGAAGGAGCCUGUCGUGGUGACAGGAAUGGGCAGGUGCUUGCUGUUUCUGCCAGCACAGCAUAUUCGUUCCCUUGGAGUCCUCUAUUGUCUGGGUCUGCAGUGAUCUGUAGGAAGGCAGCUGGUCAAUCAUCAUGUAGUGCAAUGGCUUGUCAUUUUGACCACUGUGGUUACUGAUUGUCCUGUGUUGUUUCAGGCAUACUUAGGUAUGUCCCUGGGGAGAAAGAAAGCCAUUCAGCAGAGAGUUGCUAACCACCUUCUUUUGGUUAGAAAUAAUGGUUCGUUUUUUGUCCCUGGUUGGAAUAGUCUCCGAAAGGCUCUGGUGACUGAAUUGAACUUGAGUCCAUAUGCUGUUUUCUUUCAAAAGGUAUCAAAACUGAAGAAAGCCUCUCUAAGGGGAAGACCUUUAAACUCAAUUCAGAAGACAACAUUUAGUAAGGGGGAUGAUGGAGGUUACUAGUAAUUUUCAGAUGUUGUGGGGUUUUUCUGCCAACAAAACCCAAUUCAAAUUAGAGUUGGUGAAAGCUUUCUUCAAUAUUUUUUAGAAGAGGCCAUCUUGAAUCUAUGUAAUACCAUUUAUAUAUCAGCUUCACUCUACGCUCAGUUCUUAUUUUGAGCUUAAUUGGAGUCCUCUGAAGGAAUAGUCGUGAUUCUGGUGGCAAAACUAGAACUUUUAACUUGUAAAAUUAAAAUAUCAAAUGAACCUUUUUUGUCAAUUGAGGAUUUAGAUUGAUUCUUUAAUCUGAGGAACGUAAACUGAUGUUGCUUAGAGACCUUUAGGUUUUCACCUACUUUAAGAUUGCUCUCUUGGCAAUUAGGGGAUUUGGGAAAAGAAAAAAAAAGAUGUGUUGCUAGUACAAAAUUAUAGAAUGUGAUUUCUAAUGGUUGGUUGGAUUUUGAGGAACCCUCCCUAAAGAAUGAGUUAUGUAUCUCCUCACAGAAAUCAUGGAAAAUUGUUUAUUCUUCAGUGAGUCCUUUUGAAUUAAUGUUCUUGCAUUUUUUCUAAGUCUGUGUAAGUGCUAUGUAUAAGUAUAUAAUUGUAUAAAUAUUUAUAAAUAUAUUUAUAUAAUUACGGUUUCAUUUCUACCUUGAGUCAAAGUUCUCUCUCUAGAGUGGUGACUGAGUAAUACUUACACUUUGGUGUUUUUUAUGGUUCUUGAGGCUUAACAAGCAGCUUUUGAUUUAUUGAGCGAAGGAUGGUUUUUAUGUUAAUUCCUCAAUUGUGUCUCUGAACUUGGGUAACAUACUUGCUGUUUGAAGAAUAGAGCUAUGUGCUGUUAAAGGUGCCCUGGAGGGUAAGACAUUUGUUGGUAGUAGACAAGGUCAGAAAUCUAAAAAUUCAGGGAGGCACAGGGUAAGAAAAGGAGGUAUGCUGAGCUUGGUGCACUGAUGGCCCCCAUUUGCUCGCCCAGCAGAGUCACAGCUGAAGCCCAAAUCAGUCAAACAUGUCAACAGUUUACCCAUGGGGUUCUGUUUCAUUCUCUUUACCUUCUAGUUUCUCAUGGUAAAACAUAUUCAGAGAAGCUGGUAGCGUGUCCGUUAGUGAGGGGACGUAGUUCUUUUCCACAUGCUCAGCACUUGCAUAUUCAUUUAUGAGAAACCAAAGUGACUUUUUCAACUUAGGCUACUGUGAGAUGACUAAGUAUACAUAAAGCGAUUGAAGAGAUGGCAUGACACAUUCAUCCAACUUAACAUCUAACUGGGAUUUUACAAUACAAGAGGUAGUGGGUUUUGUUUUAUUUUAUUUUGAGGUGGGAGUGUCAUGAUCUUAGGGUUGAUACAGAGUUCCAUGGGAGGAGUUAUGGAUUGUACAUGGGAAGAAUGCAUAAGGAGUAUUGCCUUCCUCAAGAAUUUAGUCCACUGACAGGAGUAUGCUUCUUCCAGUUUGCUUUAUUUCCUCUGCAAGUUCCUUUGCUCUUUAGGGGAGAGGUUUUAUUGAAUAGAUUCAAUGAGGUCAGUAAGGUUAGUUAAAAAUAGUCAUUCCUUAUGGGUGUUGGAAACAGUUUGAAAAAGUGUUAAAAAAAAAAAAAAAAGCUAGGGAGGAAAAGA